UAAGACACAGAUGCAGCAGGACGGUGGCCCAAGCAACUAUUACUAUAAGACACAGAUGCAGCAGGCUGAUCGCCCAAGCAACUAUUACUAUAAGGCACAGAUGCAGCAGGACGGUGGCCCAAGCAACUAUUACUACAAGGCACAGAUGCAGCAGGACGGUGGCCCAAGCAACUAUUACUAUAAGGCACAGAUGCAGCAGGACGGUGGCCCAAGCUAUAAGACACAGAUGCAGCAGAACGAUGGCCCAAGUAACUAUUACUAUAAGACACAGAUGCAGCAGAACGAUCGCCCAAGCAACUAUUACUAUAAGGCACAGAUGCAGCAGGACGGUGGUCCAAGCAACUAUUACUAUAAGGCACAGAUGCAGCAAAAUGGCCCAUCGGAGGAGGCUCGUCAGCAACACGGCAACUAUUACUAUAAGGCACAGAUGCAACAAGAUGAGCCAUCUGAUGAUUGGACACCAGAGACACCAGCUGAGGUAGAUGCUAUGCAAGAAGAGCGCCCAUCUGACAGUCUACUGCUAACAGUGCUGCAGUCCCUGUUGGACAAACAAGAAGAGUAAACCAGCCGAACAUGAGAAGCACGGAUACCCGAAAUAGUAGAACACAUUAAAAAUUGCAGUGUGAAAAUUUCUAGUUAUAAUUAUGAUAAUGAGAUCAAUAGAAAUGAGUGAAAUUCAACUUCA